AUGGACGAAAUAUACCAGAAGAUCGCCGAGUUCAACCCGCGGCGUCCCAAACACUCUCCUGAUGUUAUCUCCUUCAAAUUUAGUGACCUUUGGUGCAACGAUGACGCCGAAAUUGUCGACUACAAUGAGGGAUAUGUUAGUAUACCCGACGUCGCAUCAUGGCUGGCUACAGAAACGAGAGAUGGAGCAAGAGGUCAAGAAUCGCUAGUUCUUCGCUUCAUCUGGCCCAAAUUUAUUCUUGACGACAACCGGGUCGGGCUACCAGAAGAUGCCAAGAACCAAAUACUAGAAAAGUUCGGCCUUCACCUUGCAUACGACUACUUCUCGAGUUGUGUUGCUGGUGUGGCUGCCUUUCCUGAAGUGGUCAACAACGAUACCAGCCAACAAGCGUAUGCUUUCUGUUACGCGCCCAAGCUUGCAUCUAUAUGGUCACAUACUCGCCCCAGGUUCGCGGCUUCACGGCCUGGUGUGACUUGUGGCAUAAUCCUCGCCAGCGAUGACGAGCAAGAAGGCUUGAAGGCGCUUCUCAAGAGCAAAAGCAAAUGGCAGCUCAAUACGGCAAGUAAUGCCAUGUUCCCUUCGCUUCUCUUUGCAUUUAUGUUCCAAGGAGAAAUCGAGGUAACGCAAAACAACAUGAAGCCGGGAAUUCAGCAAAUAGAGGCUCGAACAGGAUAUUCUGAUUUCAAGACGCAGCGAAAACAUAUCGCAGCUGGUGAGCUCGGCUCACUGAGUGCACAAAUGAGUGGGUUCGCAGUCCGCGUGGCGAGCACGGAGAGGAAAGAUAAGACGUUGCAGAAGCUGCUCGAAUUUGCCCGGGCACAUGUGAGUCUGGGUGAUAGUACGGCCUAUAAGGCAGACGAACUCAUGAGAAACCACAUUGGGGUUCUUCAGAGCCGGCUCACCAUGCAGGCUAUGGAUAGAGAGUAUAUGUUGAAGAGGAUUCAAAUACAGAUUGAUGUGCUCAACAACUUAAUAUCGGAAGACUACAGCCUAUCCAAUUACAUCAUUUCGAUAUCCACUCUUCGCGAUGCUGCUUCUAUGAAGACAUUGGCAUUUGUUACAAUGGUUUUCCUACCAGGCAGUUUCGUCUCUGCACUUUUCUCAACUGACCUAUUCGACUGGGACAAUACCGAGGGCCAAGGCAUCGGGAUUCUUACCACACCGCAGUUCCGAUUAUACUGGGCCGUCACGAUUCCACUGACAGUUAUCACGUUUAUUCUCUACUUCAUGUGGGCUGAGUUUUCCAGCUUUGACCGAAGUCAAAGGCGAGAACGAAAGAGGUGGGGCUUUCCUAGGACUGAGAGUAUGAAAGCCGAAGAGCGAACAAGGUCACCGUUGCAGAAGUUCAAGGACCAGCGGGAGCGCAUGAGCGAGGUGUAUGCCAGGGCCAAGAAAAGACAAUCUCUUAUCUGGCGAGGCGGAAAAGAGGAAUCGAUGAACGAUGGGAGUAUUGCCUAG